UCAUUUCUUCCAAUUCCAAUCGUCAAAAAUAACAACCUUCCCAUCAAAAUUUAGGGUUUUAUUUAGGACAGUAUACUCCACUUUCACUAACUCAUUCGCCACACCCAAAUCUCCAAUCUCCCUCUCCUUCUCUCUCCACUCUCUCUCCUCCAACAAUGGCGGACGAUUCCACCCCACCUCCACCAACAUCCGAAAUGUCCAAAACAAUCAUUUCCGACACCCCCACAUCCUCCCUUCCCCUCGCUCGCUUCUCCAAACGCGUCCCAAUCGCCAACAUCCUCAGCCGCCCCGACGGCGGCGCCUCCCUCGCCGGCCAAACCGUCAUCGUCGGCGGCUGGGUUCGCACCGGAAGAAUGCAAGGCCACAACACCUUCGCCUUCCUCGAGAUCACUGAUGGUUCUUGCUCUGCUAAUCUACAAGUUAUGGUUGAUGCUUCUGUUUACGAUUUGACCCGCCUUGUUCAUACUGGUACCUCGGUUUCGCUUUCGGGUACGCUUAAGACCCCGCCGGAAGGUACCCGGCAGAAGAUUGAGCUUAAGGUUGAUAAGGUAUUGGAGUUGGGUCCUGCUGAUCCUGCUACUUAUCCUUUGCCCAAGACUCGGCUUACUCUCGAGUUUUUAAGGGAUCGUCUUCAUCUCCGGCCGAGGACUAAUUUGAUAUCUGCUGUUAGUAGAAUUCGCAAUGAACUUGCAUAUGCAACUCAUGUGUUCUUACAAGAACAUGGUUUUCUGUACCUACACACACCCAUCAUCACUACUAGUGAUUGUGAGGGUGCAGGUGAGAUGUUUCAAGUCACAACAUUGAUUAACGAAGCAGAAAGAGUGGAGAAAGAGUUGAAGGAGAACCCACCUCCGUCAGAAGCUGACAUUGAAGCAGCAAAGCUUGUUGUUCAGGAGAAAGGGGAUGCUGUUAAGAAACUUAAGGAAGACAAGGCAAGCAAAGAGAAAAUUAAGGCUGCUGUUACAGUAUUAUCUAAAGCUAAAGAGGAUCUUGCCAAGUUGGAAGAGAGAGCUAACCUUAAACCUGGGCUUCCCCAAAAAGAUGGGAAAAUAGAUUAUUCUCAAGAUUUCUUUGCUCGUCAGGCAUUCUUGACAGUUUCAGGACAACUGCAAGCUGAAUCUUUUGCAUGUGCCCUUGGCAGUGUUUACACAUUUGGGCCGACAUUUCGUGCUGAGAACUCUCAUACUUCCAGGCAUCUUGCUGAGUUUUGGAUGUUGGAGCCAGAAAUGGCAUUUGCAGAUCUUGAGGAUGAUAUGAACCUUGCAGAGGCAUAUGUACAAUUUGUUUCUCAGCGGUUACUUGACAAGUGCCUUGAUGAUAUGGAAUUGAUGGUGAAAUUUGUAGACAAGACUGCAAUUGAUCGUUUGAAAAUGGUUGCUUCAACUCCUUUUGUGAGAAUUACUUAUACAGAUGCAGUGAAGAAGCUCCAGGAAGUUACAGAUAAGAAAUUUGAGAAUAAAGUUGAAUGGGGGAUUGAUUUAGCAACUGAGCAUGAAAGAUACUUGAGUGAGGUCUUAUUCAAGAAGCCAGUUAUAGUAUAUGACUACCCAAAAGAUAUUAAAGCAUUUUAUAUGAGGCUCAAUGAUGAUGGGAAAACUGUUGCUGCAAUGGAUGUGCUCGUACCAAAGGUUGGUGAGCUGGUUGGAGGAAGCCAGAGAGAGGAACGUUAUGAUGUUCUUUGUAAGAGGAUUGUUGAUAUGGGAUUGCCAUUGGAGACAUACGAGUGGUACCUUGACCUCAGGCGAUAUGGCACAGUAAAACAUUGUGGAUUUGGUUUGGGAUUUGAGAGGUUGAUUCUUUUUGCCACUGGCAUUGAUAACAUCAGAGAUGUCAUUCCUUUCCCGCGUUACCCAGGGAGGGCAGAUUUAUAGGCAGACUGAUCACACUUUUGUUAGUACUUACAUUUGCCUGUUUACCAAAAUGGCUUACAAUUGUGAUUUUUUUUUUUUUUUUUUUUAUUUAUCCUUGCUUAAUUACAAGGAAAAAUAGAAAAGCAGAACUCCUUGAUCUAUGUUAAUGAGAUUUGUGAUGAUGAUCUUGAAGUUGAUCUUCUGUAUUUUUUUUCUCUUCAUAUAUCUACAAUUUUGGAAUUUUCUCUCUUUUCCUUAUUGCUUGUUUCAUAAGCCCUUUUGCACAAUUUUAAAUACUACACAGAUAUGAGGAUCAAUGUCUUCAACUUCAUUAAAAAAAAAAAAAAAAA